CCGGGAGCGUUCGGCCUCUCUCUCAAGAGGACAGCAAGAAAGCGAAACGAAAGAAUCAAAAGAAUGGAUCCAUGGAGCCACCCAGCCAUGGACGCCAGGAGAGAGAGACGUACACACACACACAUCCAUGUCCAUGUCCAUGUCCCGUAUCGUCAUCUCGCUUUUUUUUCCCUAUGGACCAUGACAUCUGUGUACACAGAGAGAGGGGGUAGCUGCAGCAGCAUUCACUCAUGGUGGACACCUCUGACCUCUCAACCCCAACGGAUUCCAAGAAUGCCCCCCCUCUCUCUUCUCCUCUCCUUGGUCUUGGAGACGGAGCUGGACCGACGACGAAGCCAACGCUGCAGACAGCAGCAGCAGCAGCAGCAAGCAAGCGCCCCACUACCACUCCAUUACCUGAUUACCACAUGCGCCACGCCAUUACCACCACCCACCCUCCCUCCCUCUCCGCUACCACCGCUACUACUACAAGUCUAGAGAGAGAAACACAUGAGAGAUUGUUUGGUUUGGUUUGGUUGGUGUUCCCUUGCUCUCUCUCUCUAUCUUGCCGUCCAGUCCGUCUACUCUAGCACCAUCCAUGACCAUGCAUGGGCCUUUUCGGGUUUUUUUGGCACCACAUCCAUGGGUCUCCUUCACACCUCACCACGGCGCCGCAGCUGCAGCCAGCCAGCAGCGAGAGCACCAAGAAGCAGCGGCCGCAAGAAACUUCCCUCCCCACGUCCACCUUCCCCUCCUCCUUUAUUUCUAUAUUGUCUUCUUCUUCCUCCUCCCUUGCUUGUUCCUAUCUCCUUCUACCUCUCUCUCUCCCUGGCUUUCUUGGUCUCCUGCUCUUGCGGGGCGUUUGUUGGUUUCUUCGCGGGUGAGGUGAGGCGGACAUGAAGAAGGCUAAGGUGGUGUUGGCUCAGCCGGCGGCGAGGGCGCCGCCGUCGCCGCUGCUGCCGAGGGCGCCGGGGCACAGCCGUGGCGGCGGCGUUGGUGGCGGGGAAGAGGCGUACAGGGCGAGGGCCAAGUACAAGAAUCUUCUCCAGGACUACAAGGAGCUCCUCGAGGAAACUGAAGCAAAGAAGAAGAGAUUACAGAUGGAGAAGCUCAAGAAACAGAGGCUUUUGGCUGAAGUCAAGUUUUUGCGGAAAAGGUACAAAUCCAUGUCCGAAAAUCCAUCCCAGACGUUUGUCUAUAGAGUAAAGAAUCCGGCAUUGCCGCCCACAUUGCGGCAACCUGGUUGGUCUCAUGGUGAAGAGUACCACACGGUUCGGGCUAUCGGAAGCUCUAGCAAAGGCCCAUCGGCGCACCGGAGGCUGAAUGCUGCUCCAAGAGCAUCUCCGGUGAUUGACCUCAACGAGGCCUGCGAGCCGAGUUCAGAAGAGAUGGAGGAGCUUCAUGGUUACCAGGAACCUGUUAGGGUUGGCAGGGUCAUGAGGUACCCAAUGGAGGGUGAUUUUGCCGCCGGUCCUAGUGAUGCGAAAAUGGCGGCAUUCUGGGAUGUCCGGAACGCCGCCUCCUCCCGAGCUGGGAAGAGGAAGAUAUCAUGGCAGGAUCAGUUAGCUCUCAGAGUAUAGGUUAAUAAUAACAGUGUUGAGAUAGUUGGGAAGAGGAACUGAAUUUCGUUCAUCCCUGUUCCUCGAGUUGUAAAAGAAUCCUUAAGAGGAAUCGGUGGAUGGGUGUAAUGCUCCUGGCACUUGUUGAGAUCGUAGUCGUGUAUAAUCAAUCACUUGUCUGUUUUGUUAGCGUGAAUGCCAUCUCAACAACUACUCUAGGGCUAAUAGUAUUUGAGCAAAUGAAUAAUUAAUACAAAUGCUGUCUGAUGCCUUGUAGUAGGUGCUGCAGCUGCAUAUGUUUAUAUUCUUGUAGAGCUGUAAUUCAUUCUUGAGCUCAAUCUUGUUUUAUGUAGACACUAGGGAAUAGAAUGGAAGUCAUGGAACCCAUCACCAUUGUAGAUUAUAUCCAUGUGUGAAUAUUACUAUAGUAAUGUCAGCAUAUAUGUUCACUC